UCCCAAUCAUUGCUGACUUAAGUAAAAACGGGUUUCUAUCGAUAUGAAGUGAAACUAUUGAAAAAUAUCCAUUUUUCCAAGUCUCUCAGCCAAAUUCGUGUAGGAUUUUCAAUUAUUUAUGCAACAAUAAGUGAGAACCUAACGAAAUAUUUUAACCUGAGUACAAACCGGUAGAAACCUAGUGCAUACCAUAGUAGUUAAUUUUGCAAAAACUUCUUGAGCACAUUCAACGCCGGAAUAACAAAUAGAGACGAAUCUCUAGGUGUUCGCACCGGUUGUCCGGCGUUUUUGAGGUUAACACCGCCAGAAUAUCUCAGGCCGACAAACUUCUCAUUUCUUCUCAUCAUGAUGACAUCAAUAAUAAAGCUGCACGCGAUAUCCGGGGCGAUGGACGAGUCUCCCCCCUGCUACAUCCUUCAAGUAGAUGAGCUCCGAAUCCUCCUUGACUGCGGUUGGGAUGAAAAAUUCAAUCAGGACUUUAUAAGAGAGCUGAAACGUCAUGUUCAUCAAAUCGACGCUGUCCUACUGUCGUAUCCGGACCCUCUGCAUCUGGGGGCUCUGCCCUACCUCGUGGGCAAAUGCGGCCUGAACUGCCCUAUAUACGCGACGAUUCCCGUUUACAAAAUGGGACAGAUGUUCAUGUACGACAUGUUCCAGUCUCGAAAUAACAUGGAGGACUUUGAGCUGUUUACUCUCGACGAUGUUGAUGCUGCCUUUGACAAGAUUGACCAGCUAAAGUACAAUCAGAGUGUCUCAAUGAAGGGAAAAGGUUACGGAGUGACGUUGACACCCCUCCCAGCAGGUCACAUGAUAGGAGGUACUAUCUGGAAGAUCGUCAAGGACGGUGAGGAGGACAUCAUCUACGCGGUUGACUUCAACCACAAAAAGGAGAGACAUCUGAAUGGCUGUGAGCUUGAGCGGCUCCAGAGGCCCUCACUCCUCAUCACAGAUGCCUUUAACGCAUCUUAUCAACAAGCUAGAAGACGUACACGAGACGAAAAGUUAAUGACAAAUAUUCUACAGACCCUGAGAGCUGGUGGGAAUGUUCUUGUUGGAGUGGACACAGCUGGAAGAGUUCUCGAGCUGGCUCACAUGUUGGAUCAACUCUGGAGAAAUAAGGAAUCUGGACUUCUUGCUUAUUCCCUAGCCCUUCUCAAUAAUGUCAGUUAUAACGUUGUGGAGUUUGCCAAGUCCCAAAUUGAGUGGAUGAGCGAUAAACUUAUGAAGAGCUUCGAGGGAGCCAGAAACAAUCCUUUUCAUUUCAAACAUCUUCAGUUGUGUCAUAGCAUGGCCGAGCUCAAUCAGGUGCCCAGUCCUAAAGUCGUAUUGGCGAGUACUCCGGAUAUGGAGUGCGGCUUCUCGCGAGAAUUAUUUUUGCAGUGGUGUACUAAUCCCCACAACAGUAUCAUCAUCACCAGCAGAACGUCGCCAGGUACCUUAGCCCGUGAUCUAGUGGAGAACGGUGGCAAUCGCACCAUAAACAUGGAAAUAAAAAAACGAGUGCGUUUGGAAGGUGCCGAGCUGGAAGAGCACCAGAAGCUUCUAAAGAUCAAGCAAGAGCAGAUGAAGCAAGAGCACAUGGAGAUAGCGGACGUCAGUUCAGAGUCUGAAGAUGAGAUAGAGAUGGGGAGGCACGAUCUCCUGGUGAAGCAGGAGAUAAAGCCAGGUUUUUUCAAACAGAACAAGAAGCAAUAUCCCAUGUUCCCAUUCCACGAGGAGAAGAUAAAAAUAGACGAGUACGGGGAGAUAAUCAAUCCUGAGGACUACAAAAUAGCUGAUGCAGCACCCGAAACUGAGGAUAACAAGAUGAAUGUGGAUAUUAAGCCUGUUGAAACAACACUCCAGCCUGAGAUAUCAGCCGACAUUCCGACAAAAUGCGUUCGGGUGACAAAAACCAUCAGCGUCAAUGCGUCCAUAACUUACAUUGACUUCGAAGGAAGAUCUGACGGAGAGUCUCUGCAGAAGAUCUUGGCCCAGCUAAGGCCCCGUCGAGUUGUUCUGGUCAGGGGAUCGCCCCAGGAUUGCGAUAUUCUGGCUCAGCAUGCGCAAAAUGUUGGUGCAAGGGUUUUUAUUCCAGGAAGAGGAGAAACCCUUGAUGCUACUACUGAGACACACAUCUAUCAAAUCAGACUGACUGAUGCUCUUGUGUCUGGACUUAAUUUCCAGAAGGUCAGAGGUGGUUACGAGGUCGCCUGGGUCGAUGCGAUGAUAACAGCUAGGGAACAGGUCUGUAGGGAUGCUGUUGCAGACGAUAGUGAGGAGAGUGGUGAUAAGAUUCUGACACUGGAGCCUCUUGGGAUGAAUCAGGUCCCCGGACAUCAGUCAAUAUUUAUCAAUGAACUAAAGCUCUCGGACUUUAAGCAAAUUCUGACUAAACAUAAUAUUCCGUCUGAGGUCAGUGGAGGAGUUCUUUGGUGCUGUAAUGACACGAUUGCAGUGAGGAAAGAGGAGACUGGGAAGGUCGUGUUCGAGGGGGCUGUCAGUGAGGAUUAUUACAGAAUCAGGGAUCUGCUUUAUGAACAAUUUGUUAUUAUAUGAAGGGGACAGUGGAGAUUGCAGGGAAUGAGGGACUCUUUUGGGGGCUUAGAGAUGUCAGAGGAUAUUCUUUUGAAGAGUCAAAUGGAGUCAAGAGUUAAUUGAAGCGUUUGACACUUGAGAAGGCUCUAUCAACAGCCUCCGAGGGUUUUGGAGAUCUAGUGAUCAUAAGAACCUAUUGGGGUGAAGACUUUAAUGAAAAGGGUUGUUUUAAUUUCAACGCUAGACCUCCCCAAGGAUCGACUGAUCCCUAGGAUAAUUUAGUUCGCAAAUCCAAACGUCUGUUGCGGCGGUUUGAUACUACGACCAUUGGCCCUCGCGUUUGGCCCUUCAAAUCAUUGCACCAUGAUUGGAGAAAAAAUGUUUCUAGAUUCUCAAGGACGAUUGACUAUUGUAAAAUAUUGACAGAUUUUUCGGGGAGUAUUUUGUAAAAUCAUCAACUGAAGUUAUUAAUUUUUACGACAAACACCGAUGUAAAUAUCAAUGAUAGAAUACGAUAUUUUUUAAGCGAUUUUCAUACUAAAUACCGCGAUCAUUGUGACAUGUUUUCAUGAAAAAAUCUGUUUUAUACAUCAAUAAGAUAUCCUUUAUUUAUCAAAUAAAAUACACUCCACAAUAGGCUGUAUAUAUAAACGAGAAAAUACAGUAUUCAUUUGACUUCUGAUAACCUAAACUCACAAUUGUUCAUUCAUUCGUAAUAAAAAUCGUCCGAUUUUGAUUUUACAUUUGGAAUUGGCACAAUUUAACUUCAUGUAUUAGUCUCCUCGUCUUUCCCUGUAAUAAUUUACCUCUCUGGAAUUAGUUUUCAUGCUUCGUAGAAAUGGAUUCACAUGUCCAGAGGCAGAAAGUCAUCUUUUUUUUUGCUCCCGAAUGGAAAUAUUGUAAUAAAUGAUUUUUACGAUCUUCGAAUGUGACUGAGAAAUGAUAUAAAAUGUCAUAAAACGUGAACAUGUUUUUUAAAAAAUGAGUCUAUGCAUGUUCCCGUGCGUGUGAUCACUUUUCGGGUUUUUUUAAAUAAAUUACAAUAAACAAAGCAAAAGGACUAAAAGUCAAACUAAAAAUUGGAAAUUUUGUCACGUAAUUCGGAUUAUUUUUGAGUAUUUUCGUACACGUUCAGCUCAGUCAGUUAAGUAAUUUUUGAGAUACGACAAUUUCUAAAAAAUCUGUUUUUCUCAAUAUCUCACAAAAUACGUGAUCUACUUGAAUUUACUUUACGUUAUAACAUUCCUUGGGAUGAUAUCAUACAAAAUAAAUUUAUCUUCCAGGCAGA